CGACUGACGUAUAGUUAUAAAGUAUACUUUAUAAUUAUACGUCAGUUUGUUGAUAAAUACGGCAAGCGCCAUGUAAGACAUGUAAAGCUCAUUGUAGUCACUGAAACCUCUGCGGAGGAGAGAGCAAUCGGGUGGCGAUUUAAUAUAAGCUACAUUUGCAAUAUAUUUCGCUAAUUUGUGAUUAUUUUUGUUAAUUUUAUAAGUUCAUUGCAGUUUUAAUUUAAAUUCAGCCGUUUAGUGAGCUGCCUAUGCUAUAAUUAGAUUGUUGUUGUCGUUGUGUGAAAUUUAAAUUUCUCCUGCGACAUUUUGAUUGGAUACUAAAUAUAAACUUUGCUGUGGGCGGAAAGCGAUCAGGUUAAGUUUUGUGUCAGGCUCUAUUUGUAAAAUAGAGCCUGAUACUCAGGUUAGAUUUGUCGUAGCUUUUCCUGCAUGAACAUCUCGUUUGACUAACCAGUCUAAUAUAUGUCCGCUGUCAUCUGUGUGCCUGUAGCUGAGAGUAACUUAUGGUCGUGUCUGUUGAUUGCGUUUCAGUUGGUGUUCUUGUGUUAGUUUUGUUAGAAUCCCUUUAGGUGCUUGUCCAAUGUACUUUUCAGGACAGUUUUUGCAAGGAAACAUACAAAUGGCGUCAUGCUUUCUAUUAUAUGUGACUUGUUUUUAUGUCUGUUGGUCCAAAGUUUGCAUGUCGGUUUGUGUGCAACGUCAAUGAUUUAAUAGAAUACAAAUGGUCAGAAGAAGAUGUAUACGCCCGUACUUGAAAUUAUUGAGUGUUUGACAAAUUUGUCCGACAAAAAAUUUCCGGUAACACUUUAUGUAUUAUUUUGUCUAGGAAUUCCAAUUUAUGAUGAUUGUGUUGCCUAUCACGAAAACAGAUGGUAAGUAUACUGUAGCUUUUCUUUAUUGAAUUUUAUUAACUCCGUUCUUUACACGAACCGCAUACGGUCGUCUACGUUGGUGCAUGUAUACAUAAAUGUAGGUAAUAGUAUUGUAUACAGCGUGUAUCAAAAAAACCUGAACAGAUAUGAAUUUGCUCUCAAUUUUGCAAAACAGCCAUUAGUAUCCAGUUUUUGAUGUAUAUAGCUUCCUUGGGUACCUAUAAUGUAGAAUAAUGAAAAAAUUUUCUCGAACUCAGAUUUUGUAAAAAUGGUUUGCGCACGAAAAAUUAAAAAUGGUUUGCGCACGAAAUUUAAAAGCUUUAAUCAUAUUUUGAGUCAAUAGAUGAACAUUUGUUGUGUUUUUAAUUACUGUACAAAAUUUCAGACAAUUUGCUUUAGUUUUAGCCCUUUGAAUAUUCAUUUUAUCCUAAAAAAUCAGCCUUUCGCAUGCUUAAUUAAUGUAUUUACUUAAUUUGCAUAUUGCUGACAUAUGCAAAUUAGGCAAAGGUAUUAAUUAAUUAAGCAUGCAAAUAGCUGAUAUUUAGAAAAAAUGUAAGUUUGCGCGAAUAAUUAACGGGCUUAAACUAAAGCAAAUUGUCUGAAAUUUUGUACAGUAAUUAAAAGCCCAACAAAUCUUUCAUCUGUUAACUCAAAAUAUGAUUAAAGCUUUUAAAUUUAGUGCGCACGCCAUUUUUAGUCUGUUGGAUAACACCCCUCCUGGAUCACAAAAUUUGAGUUCAAGAAUUUUUUUUCAUUAUUCUACAUUAAUUAUACGUACCCAAAGAAGCUAUAUACAUCAAAAACUGGAUACUAAUAGCUGUUUUGCGAAAUUGAGAGCAAUUUCAAAUUUGUUCAGUUUUUUUUUAUACACCUAGUAGAGUCCAAUUCGGGAAAAAACAUGCACGAAUUAGUUUUUACCAAAUUCGGACAAGUCUGACAGACGAAUGAAUUUUGGCGAACUUUGAAAACUAACGAUCGUAUGUUCUUCCAAAUUGCGCGAGAAGCCCUACUAUUACUGACGAAGAAACUACACACAUGCUUCGAUAACAUCUCUGAACACGCUUGUGUCCUUUAACAGUUGUUUGUUAGCAAGCAGUUCAGUCUUUAUUUGAUCCUUGCACUUAAAUUGUUAUAUUCAACGACAAAAAAUUGUAGAAUCAAGGAAUUCUAAGCAUUACUAGCCAAAAAUGCGUUAAUCAAGAUGCCUUAAAAGUAUAAAUAAUAAAGCAUCAGCUUUAUAUAUUUCGGCAAUACAUAAACUUCAUGCUCAACCUCAUUCUACAGGGUGUAUAAAAAAAACUGAGCACAUUUGAAAUUGCUCUCAAUUUCGCAAAUUUAACAGCUACUAGUAUCUAGUUUUUGAUAUGCAUAGCUUCUUUGGUACAUGUAAUGUGGGAUAAUAAAAAAUUCUCGAACUCAAAUUUUGUAAACCAGAGGGGUGUGUCUUUUGCAACACACUAAAAAUGGCAUCUCACGAGAUUUAAAUGCCUUAAGGAGGCUUGCUACAGUUUCCAAUAGAUCUCAGUGUUUUAAACUCCAACCUAUUUAAUUAAUUUGAAUUUAAUGAAAACUAAUUUUUUGCACAAGCUAUUGUUUCCUCUUAUAUAAAAGAGUAAUUUUAACCCACAAUCGCUACUCUUCACGUUACCAUGACAACAUGAUGUCACCACCUACAUGGCCUAUAUCAACGAAAAAAAACGUCUUAGCGGACAAAUAACAACGGUAACCUACCUUUUUUAUUGCAGAAAAUACAUUGUUAUGAAGUUUGAAUCUUUUUUGAAAGUUAUUUGAAACUCGCCAGUGUAGUUUUCGAGAAACUGAAUUUCAGCUUUUAAGAUUGCAUUUUAGCCUUUGGAAAGGCUGAAAUUCAGUUUCUCAAAAACUACACUGGCGAUUUUCAAAUAACUUUAAAAAAAGAUUCAAAACUUCAUAACAAUGUAUUUUCUGCAAUAAAAAAGGUAGGUUACGUGGUUAUUUGUCCGCUAAGACGGUUGUUUUGCGGAUAUAAGCCAUACAGGUGGUGACGUCAUGUUGUCAUGGUAACGUGAAGAGUAGCGAUUUGGGUUAGAAUUACUCUUUUAUAUAAGAGAAACCAGUGGCUCGUGCAAAAAUUUAGUUUUUCUAUAUUCAAAUUAAUUAAAUAGGUUUUAGUUUAAAUCACUAAAAUAUAUUGGAAACUGUAGGGAGCCUCCUUAAUGGUAUCUUGAGUUAAUGAUGAACAAAAUAAAAUAAUGAUUAAAAUAAUAGCUGCACGAAAUUUCAGACAAUUUACUUCAGUUCAAGCCAUUUAACUAUUCACGCAAACUUACAUUUUUCCUAAAAAAUUAGCCUUUUGCAUACUUAGUUAAUGCCUUUGCCUAAUUUGCAUAUGUCAGCAAUAUGCAAAUUAGGUAAAGCUAUAGGCUUAAAUUAAGCAUACAAAAGGCUGAUAUAUUUUCUAGGAAAAAUGAAUAGCUAAAGGUAUUAAACUGAAGCAAACUGUCUGAAAUUUUGCACAGAUUACAGAAUUUUUGUACAGAUUCUUUACGGACUACGGUGCUUUAAUUAAUAACAACUCAACGAUUGUUUGUACAACUGUAUUGAUUGAUCGAGCGUUUUUCGCUGGCAUAGUCACCAAUUUAAGCACAGGAGGCCCAGGCUCGAUUUGUCCGCGCCCGCCUGUGCCUUCCUUAUAAUGAGGGAAGGACGGAGACAUUGAGACCAAAAUAGCCCAGACUUGGCAAAUGUCACCCGAAACUAUCCUCGAUUUUUCGCUUUUAAAUUAAUGCAUUUCUUUCACGAUUAAUCGAUAUCCCCUGCAAGAAUGAUACCGUAUAACUCUCAAAACAACGACGAAUGACACUUGCCAGAGCAAUUUGCGUGGCGCGUGGAAAUGACGUGCACGGGGACACAAAGAACAAAGGAAUCGCCGCGAGUUCCGCCUCUGUAUAGUCUGUGACGAGGACUAGCUGGAUCAACCAUCAAACUUGCUUGUGCAGGGAAUUUAUACAGUAAUAUCUGCUCUUUCGCUUGUGGGACGUGAAAUGAUAUACUGCGCAUGCUUAACCACAUUUUAAAGUGUAUUAAUGCGCAUGUUACACCUAGUUAUUUCGUCCUACAACUGCAACGACCUCUCAUUGAAUUGAUAUAGCUUGAAUUUUUAAUGAAGAAAACCUCCAAAAUACAAAAGAAUAUAGUCUGAUGAGUGUAUAAACAAGUUAAAAGCCGCGGAUAUCGGUUUUUAUUAAACUGUAAAGACCUCGGGCCUUCGGCCCUCGAGAGUUUAAUAAAAACCUCUCCCUUGGCUUUUAACCUACAUUUAAUCUAACCCUAAUCUUAUCUUUAUCCGACACUAAGCUUGAUCACGACGAUCACAUCCCCACCCCGGCGCGACGGGUCUCAGUGCAAUUACAUUUAUAAAAAAAAUCUUGUCCAAUGAUUGCGGUUUCAUGUGGAGUUUAUUGUAUUGAUAAUUUCGGACUUGUUGCGAAUUUAAUGUAUCGAUAAUUUCGGACUUGUUGCGAAUUUAUUGUAUUGAUAAUUUCGGACUUGUUGCGAAUUUUUGUAUCGAUAAUUUUGGACUUGUUUAACAAUUUACUCAUAUAGUAAAUCCCUAAAAUUAUCACGAUUAAACACAUUUGCUUAAUUUAAUUUGAAAAACAAAGUCUCAACAGAUAUUUUGUGACCUAUUUUGUUCAAGAGUAAUUUCUGAUAUUAACUUCAAUUCAUCAGUAUACCUAAGUGCUCAGAAAAAUAUAAAUUUUAGGUUGUUUUUUAACUUUUAUUUUUCGGAACCACAUGCAUGUCCGGUUUUCGCACGCUCGUUUGCAUGCUUGCUAAUUUUUUAACCAAUUUUAAACUAACCUUUAACGUACAUCGUCUUUAACCAGUCAAAAUCAAAUAACCAAUAAUAAUGUUAGCUGAAUAUUUGUUUAGAUUGCAUUAUUUUUGAGCGUUUUGCCUAUGUUUGUUCAUUUUUGACAGCGAUCGAGAUUCUCCGUCUCCGUAUUUCAUUAAAGCAAGAAACGCCGCUGGCUACGAUCCUAACAAUGAUAUUUGCAGGACUCAAGAUCAAGUCCCAUCAUGCAGUGGAGAAGGAUGGACUUCAAUCGGCAUCUUGCAAAAUUCUACUACCCUGGUAAGUACAAUACCGAUUAACUAUGCUUGCUUUAAAACGGAGACGUCACUAUAUAACGACUGGGUCAAAUGCCACUCUAAUGUUGUCUUUUAUCGGUGUCAGUGUUAUGACGAUCGACGUCAAUAGUUACCGCGAUACUCCGAUACCAGGGAAAGUACAACACAUUUUAUAUGUGGCAGAAAUUUACUCUUUGUAGUGGAGGGGCAAAGCAUACUAAUUUUUUACGCAAAUCGUUCUGAAUUUCCCCCCAGGUAAGCAAAUAUGUAAAAAAGAUGGUGCUUUGUAAGCUAUGACACUUGUAUUAUUAAACUUACGUGACAAGAUACAAAACCUUAAAAUUUUGAGAACGCAAGGCUUUCUGUAAUGUCCUCGCCCAGAUCGAAAUUUAAUCCCGGCCGAGCCUGGCAGAAAAUCCUUUGGCAUUCUUGAAUCUUUAAUCUUGGGUUAACCAGGAAGGCAAAAUUAAACAAACUGAGGAUUAAAGAAAGCAUCGUUUCCUCAAAUGAAAUGGCCACAAUGUUUUCCCUCAGAAAGAAGUACAAAUAAUGAAAUGAAUCUUAACUAUAGUGACAAGCGUUCAAAGGGGGGUGGGGGGUGGGGCAACCACGAGAAGUUCAAUUCCUUCUUAUAUGUACAACAGUGGAAAGUGAACAUCCUAGUGGGCACCCUAUCCCAUGCAAACGCUGUAGUUAUGGCUGUUUCUUCUAUAUACAUUCUGGUUUUCCAGCCGGAUGACCAUUUUAAUACUGAUGUGAUUAUUUAACAUAUGUAUACUAAAACUUUAUAAAUUAUUUAAGGAUCAUUGGACUUAUGAAAGUGAAUUGUGGACAGCAAAAGGAACCGAUCAGUGUAUCUUGAAUUCGCAAUUUUGGAGUGCUAAUGUCACUGAAAUUUGCCUAGCAUCGGCGGUAUUUAAUAUUCAAAUUCCCGUGGAAGCUCCCUCAUUGCGCAGCUUGUUUUUCGAGAAAAGAAUUCUGAACAUGAAUUCCCAGCAAUGGGCUGACUCUCUUGUACAGGAUGCAAACCCAGUUUUUACAACGGGAUGUUUUGAAAUUGGUUUUAACGUCGGAAAUGAAAGUGAAGAUGCACCUCGUGCGCGUUUAGGAAUUGUUUCCACACAUGGCACAGGUAGGCAUAUUACUAUAAUUAUAGUUACAGAAAUCCUUGAAAUGACUCACAACACGAUUGGCAAAGCACUCAGGAGUUUCGUGAGAGAAUUGAAGUAGCUUCAGUACCAGACGAUAUUUGGUGCCAAAAAACUAAGCACUCACGAAAAUGGUAUUUAUUUUAGAAAAUACAUUACAUAAAUAUUAUGAGUCAUAAGGAAAUAGGUAAUGUGCAUUCAGAAAGUAUAUAAUGCAUUCGAAAUUCAAAGUUUUGACAUAUAUUACUUGGCAGAGAUGUGAAAGCAAUGUUCCAACAUGACUGGGAAUAACAUUUACCUUUGACAUAUACUGUAGGAAGCCUAGCAGUAUAUCUACGAAACAGGAGACGUCAGGGCAACUAAAAAAUUUUUGUAUUUCGGAUAGUUGGACAAUAGAUGGGCACAAUACAGUAAAAAAAAUAUUAUUAUAUAAUAGAGAGUGAGAUACUGAAAAAUACACUGCGAGAUAUUUUUCAUAUCUUCACUAGUGAAGAUAUUGAUCACGUGACUUUUUCCAAUUUGCAUUUGGGCGUGAAAUUUCACAAUUUUUUACUUGGAACAAUAUAAGAAACAGAACAUACACGGUGGCUUGAAGAUAUGACUUUUAUCUUCUCGAGUUAAAAACAAUAUUUUACUCACUCGCUGCGCUCGUGGGUAAAAUAUUGUUUUCACCACUCCAAGAUAAAAGUCACAUCUUUGCUCCGCCGUGUAAUAUCCUCUUUAUCUUGAACGGUCUUUGCCAGUGUAGGCAGUUCCAAAAAUAACAAAAAUUUGCUCGAUGCGGAUGCAACUUCCGGAAAAAUACAACUUCCUUGUGGGAAUUAAAGUUAGGAGCUACUGCCUUCCUUUGGCUAGAUGGCGGAAGCUCUCUAGCUUCCUUUGCCAACUAAAUUUCCGACGAAGGGUGUUCCCUCGAUUGGUCGACGCUUUCAUUCUUCAGAUAGUUGCAUCCCUAUAAACCGGGGAUUUGUUAUAAGAUUGAUGGGUAUAAAUCUGAUUGGUAUGAAAAAUGCAAUCAACUGAGCCAAAUACAUACCAAAAGUACAUGCAUACAGAAACCCCUCACCCGGCUAGACAGAACACCAAAAUUUUCUAAACAAUUAUGGGCAAUAAUAACAUACCUAUUGCACAUAUGCACACUUCAAUUUCAAUUAUUGCAUGUAAAAUUCAACCUAAUGCACUUCGCAAAAUGUUUUUGAAGUUCAUUAACUAAACUGUUUUUAUUGAUGAACAUUGACUUUCAACUUUCAACUUUCAACUAACGAUUAUGCAAUUCUCUCAUGAAAAUAACUUUGCUUUCUGUUUUAUUUAAAGGUGAUCUACAGUCCGUAUGUAAACAAAGCCUUUGUUUACAUUUUUGUGUACAAAAUAUUGAGCUUUAUUCGACAACUAUUUAUAUUUUCAAGCUUCUAGAGUAUAAUAAAUGAUCAAGAAACAACAAUCAGGCUUUUCAAGAACUCAAAACAUAGUUAAACUGUUUGUAUCAUAAAAAGUGGGCUCAUUUGUGCACAUGCGCAGAUCGGACUGUAGAUCACCUUUAAGAAUUCUACUAAUCAUCACACUCGCUUUAGCUCUACUGAUUCAUACCGACCAAACCGUUGCAGAACAUGUUCUUUCCGAAACCUAUUUUUCAAUAGGAUAGUGCCACUUUGGAACAGCCUGCCAGGAGAAAUAAAAUCCCCUCUCUCUGUUCAGUCACUGAAAACUCUAUAAUCACUACACUCAAAAAGUUAAUGCAUGUUUUGAUGUUAAUAGGCCAAGGACUUGGAAAUCGUUUUGCUCUAAAUGUCGUUCUUGUUUUAUGUCUUGUUGUUCGUAGAAGUGCAUGUUCUGAGUUUUUGUACGAAUGUAAUUAUGUGUAAUACCGUAAAUAUGUAACUAUAGCUAUGUAUUAUAAUUUUGUUAAUUUUAUAACCGUUUAUAGUAUAAUAUAGUAUAGCAUAGUAUAGCGUAGUAUUUUCAUGUAUGGCAGGACUUAAUUUGGGACUUUAUUAGUCCUGUUGUCUGUGCCUUCAAUUUCGCAUUGUAAAACUAAUAAAAAAAAAUAAAUAAAAAAACAAUACACUGAAUACGCUGUCUUUUCUAUUAUUUGCAACAACAGUUUUUAAAGUAAGCAAUACAUUGAUCUUAAAAUCAAACUUACUUCAGGUUUUACGAUUCCUAGAAAACUAUUUCCCCUGGUCCAACAAAUAAACUGAUUGGCUGCUCGUCCCAUAUAACGAUUAUUCAAGUUUCGCGUCAAUUUUUUCAAAUCCAACUCAUUCAAGCAUUCAACAGAUCCGCUCAUAAAAUUUGCAAUACUUUUGAGAACAGUGGCAGGCCUACCCAUGCAAUAUAGACCAUUGAAGAACUUUAGACUUCACUAUUGCUUUCCUUUCCCUUCCCUUCCCUUCCCGGGCGUAAUUAGCCAAGCGGAAUUACUUCUCUCUCUUCGGGCUUACGCCUGGAACGGCGUUUCACAUCGUUGUCUCCGGGGUUUAUAAUUUUAUAUAGAUGAGCUUUACCGACCAGUUUUUUUGUCGGCUACAAAAAUACUUUGUAGAACUACGAAAUACUUGAAAAGCUUUACAAAAGAUUUCCACAUAGCUCUAAAAAUUCAUUCAUGUAAGGAAAAAUACUUUCGAUUUCCAUAUCUCUUUUGUGCACUUGAUAGUCUUUAUACUAGGAUACCAUUUUUGCAUUGGAACAUCAUUUAGGACUUAAAUAACCAUAUGGUAGUCGUUAUGAUAUUAAAUUAUAUUAUUACUGUCUCCGUCCUUGUGUGCUAUAACUGUACAAAUCAGAUCCAAAAAAGAGGAUUUUUACUAAACAUUUUGAAUAAACACACGAAGUAUGCCUCAUGCCCUUUGCUUGAUGAUAUUAUAUUUACUCUUUACUAUAUCAAUAUUACUUAUCUAGGUUGCUCUGAAGGAAUAUAUAUUUUGGGGGUAGGACUAGGUGCUCCAGGAUUAACAGGCAGCUAUCAUGGAUAUUACAGCAACCAAGACGUUAAUUCAACUGGAUCGGUAUCCGUUUAUGUCCGCUCAAGACCUGUGGGUCAAUCAUCGUCAACCACGGGACCACCAACCACGGAACCACCAACCACGGGACCACCAACCAUGGAACCACAAAGCACGGGACCACCAACCAUGGAACCACCAACCACGGGACCACCAACCAUGGAACCACAAACCACGGGACCACCAACCACGGAACCACCAACCACGGGACCACCAACCACGGAACCACCAACCACGGGACCACCAACCACGGAACCACCAACCACGGGACCACCAACCAUGGAACCACAAACCACGGGACCACCAAUCAUGGAACCAUAAACCACGGGACCACCAACAAGGGGCCACUAAUCUUGAGAAUUCUAUAAACCACGGGACCAUCAAUCAUGGAAACAAUACAGGCCUAACAUAAGCGAUGCGUUGGCAAUCUUCAAUAUUUUAAGUAACGUAAAUAUAUCCUAGUUUCCAGAAUACUUUUCCACGUAAUGUAAUCUUAAUUCAUUAAAUACAAACAAUAGUAACCCCGAACACAGUAAACAUUUUUCAAAAAUGUUUAUUAAUGUAAUGUAAUCUUGUGUGUUUUAAUUCACAAAAAAGUUGAAAAAAAAACGAUGCUG